CCGUUCCUGCCAUAACGAGUAGGCAACAAGCUAUGGUAAAGCUGCCUACCCUACUGAAGCUCUUUCCUAACCUGACAUCAACUUCAAUUCCACGUCAACAUCCCAACUCCCACCACUAAAUGAUUCAAGACACUACAGCAUCAUUGUGACUGAGCGGGAUCACUCCCAAAGACUUUUCGAAUCAUGGUUCACGAAGGUCCUCCCCGCAAGCGGCAACGCUUGGACUUAGACUCAGACUCAGAACAACAGCCCAUGGUCAAGGACAACGUUAAUGGCCCAAACAAAGACAGUGCAACGAACGACCAGAGCAAAAAAGCGUUGAUACCAUCGCCUGUCCAGCUUACCAAGAUUGGUGACCUUGCGCCCCAUCAAAAUGUCGACACGGUCACUCUACACGACAUUCUCGGCGACCCGAAGCUAAUAGAAUGUUGGAACUUCAAUUAUUUGUUCGACGUCGAUUUUGUGCUUAGGCAUUUCGAUCCUCGGGUGCGGAAUCUCAUCCAGCUCAAGAUUAUCCAUGGGUUCUGGAGGAGAGACGAUGAUAGGAGGCAUCGUCUUUACCAAGCUUCAGAGCGUCACCCCAACGUUGAACUCACCAGUGCAUAUAUGCCAGACCCAUUUGGCACACAUCACUGCAAGAUGUUGAUUCUGUUCCGAAAUGACGGCCAGGCCCAGGUCGUGAUCCACACAGCCAACAUGAUAUCUCGAGAUUGGGCGAAUAUGACACAAGCUGUAUGGAGAUCGCCGCUCCUUCCAUUGCUUUCGAAUGAAAGCGGAGCUUCUCUAGACAAUCAGUCGCAGCUUGAGAUCGGGAGUGGUGAGCGCUUCAAAUCUGAUUUGCUUCGUUAUCUUGGUGCGUACGAGAAUAGGUUGAAAGAGUUGAGGUCGAAGUUGCAAGAAUAUGACUUUUCAUCCAUUCGAGCAGCCUUUAUUGCAUCUACUCCUUCCCGUGGAAAGCCAGAAUCGGCAAGCCCAGCAACUCAAACCUCAUGGGGCUGGCCUGGAGUUCGGGAGAUUCUGUCCACUAUUCCAGUAAUGACGAAGUCCGCCUCAUCGAAGGACACUAACAACACUCCCACGCCGAAUUUGGUUGUUCAGGUGUCGUCGAUAGCAACCCUUGGGCAGGCUCCAACAUGGCUGGAUAAUUUUCGCGACGUCCUCUCCACGUCUCCAAACCCGCCGAAGGUUGCCUCGUUCUCGAACGCAGCGAAGGCAGGCUCUCAUGCCAAACCCAAGUUCAACAUAAUCUUUCCCACUGCUGAGGAGAUACGCCGCUCUCUUGAUGGGUACGGGUCUGGUGCUUCGAUCCACACAAAGAUUCAAAGCAAAGCCCAACAGAAGCAGCUGGAAUACCUUCGCCCGCUCUUCUGCCAUUGGAACAAUUUCAACGAAUUUUCGCAAUCCUCGGCUAUUUCCCAACCGCAGUCAUUGUCAGAAGUGAGGCGAGCAGAGCGUGGGUAUGCCGCCCCUCAUAUCAAAACAUACGUAAGGUUUCACGAUGAAAGCCAGCAAAAGAUCGAUUGGGCAAUGGUUACGUCUGCGAAUCUGUCCAAGCAAGCGUGGGGCGAUAUCACCAACAAGAAAGGGGAGGUGUGGAUCCAGAGUUGGGAAACUGGGGUUAUUGUAUGGCCAGCACUAUUCGGCACCCCCGAUAGUCCAUGCACGUCAAUGAUUCCAGUAUUUGGGAAGGAUACUCCAGAGGUGGAGAGUGUGGAGUCACCCGACCUGAUGCAACCUCCUGGACAAUCUGAAGAUCCUAAACGUGAGAAUAGCCAGGACUUAAAGAAGGAGACCCAAGAAGCGAAGCAGUCUUGUGUGGGGUUCAGAAUGCCUUACGAUCUCCCGCUCAAACAUUAUGGGGAGUCAGAAGAGCCGUGGUGUGCAACUUCGGCAUACACUGAGCCUGAUUGGAAAGAUCAGGUUUGGAAUGGAUACUGA